GUUUCCCUCCCGUUUCCUAUUGUUACAUAAUCCUGAUUUUACAGCCAUCUCCCGUUAAUCUUUAACGUGGCAUUUCUUUAACUCCUCAGUGAUCUGCCUUUGUGUGCUUCUUGUCUGUUUCUUGGAUUUGUUUUGCUUUUUUGCACUGUUUGGACUUGUUGCAUCUUUUGGACUUUGGACUGUCCUCAUAAAAGUGUGGAGUAGCUGCAGAGACGUCGCUUGCAACAGCUGAAGGACAUCAUCACAUCCAGAGUGAAGUCACCAUGAAGGCCACAGUGGGACUGCUGCUUCUGCUGCUCACUGUUUAUUGCUGGGCUGUUGGACCUGAAGGAUUGGAUGAGCUGGCUCCUGGAGAAUGCUGUUUCCAUUUCUCUACAGGACGCAUACCAGUGAAGAACAUAGUCUCUGUCACCAAGACUCACAGCAGCUGUCUGGAAAAAGCAUUUGUGAUCCAUACAGCCAAAGGAAAACGCUUCUGCGUGGGUCACACUGUCACCUGGGCUCAAGACGCUUUUAACAAAGAGCAGAACAGUGACUAACAAUGCUCUUCAGUGUCCACGAUCAAGCAUAAUAACAGUCUCUGUUAUGUUAUUCUUCGCUACCAGCAUUUUUAUAAUGACUGUAUUUUACAAAUAAAUAUAUGUAUAUAUAUAUACACACACACACACAUAUAUAUAAAACAACCCACGUACUCAUGUUUUAGAUUCUCUCCAGGAACUUUUCAAUAAAAAUGCUCGG